AUGAUUGUACCAGCAAAAGCCAUGUAUAUGGCUAAAGACCUUCAACGAAGUGCCGAUUACUGGUCUGUGAAAAUCAAACCUCCUAAGAAUCCAACAGACACAAUUUUGAAUAAGGGAUCAAUGUUGGCGCAGAGAUUUCUGACAGUUAUCGAUAUGGAGGAGAAGGAUCAUUUGGAGCAAGCAGCACGUGAACUAUGGGAACGUGUAUGGUUGAGGAAUGAAACGAUUCAUAACGUUGAAGAUUUAGAAGUGGUAAGGCUUCGGUUUGCAUCCUCAAAAACGAGUUUACCGAAUGGAGCCGCGUUAAUCGCUAAGUGCGGCAGUGAAGCAGUCAAAGAGAUGCUCAAAAAAAGGACUGAAACUGCCGUAAAACAAGGGUGUUUUGGUGCACCGUGGAUCGUAGUCCAUAAAGACCAACGUGAGCUGUGUUUCUUCGGAAGUGACCGCUUACCGUUGAUUGCUCAUACAAUCGGUUGCGCUUUUCAAGGACCUCAACCUCAGCCGUAG